AUGAGCGAGUACAAGCUCCGCUCGGACUGCAAGGGACACGAGGACGACGUCCGAGGCGUCGCGGUGUGCGCCGCCGAUGUGUUCGCCACGUGUUCGCGCGAUAAGACCGUUCGCGUGUGGCGCGAGGCCAUCGGUGGCGUCGGGUUCGCGUGCAGCACCGUGUGCGUCGGCCACGAAUCCUUCGUCACCGCGCUCGCGUUCGCCCCGAACGACGCCUCGUCCGUCGUCUCCGGCGGCCGCGACAGGACCCUCGUGGCGUGGGACCCCGCGUCCGGCGACGCGCGAGGCCGGAUGAGGGGGCACGCCCUGGACGUCACCGCGGUGUGCAUCCUCUCCGACGGACGCGUCGUGUCCGGAUCCAUGGACAAGUCGAUCAAGAUCUUCGACCCGUCGAAGGCGUUCGAGUGCGUCGAGACGUUCGAUGACGCCCACGACUCGUCCGUGCUGGCGCUCGUCGCGCUGCCCGACGCGUUCGGCGGCGGGUUCCUCUCCGGCAGCGCGGACGCCACGAUCCGCGCGUGGAAAAACGCGAGCGCCGACGACGGAGCCGUGUUCGGCCGACACGCCGACACCGUCCGGGGCUUGGCGCUCAACGCGACCGCGAACCUGGUGCUCUCCGCGUCCCACGACACCACCGCCCGGGCGUGGACCCCCGCGGGUGACGUCGUCGCGACGUACCGCGGGCACAGCGCGCUGGUGUACGCCGUCGCGUCCAGCGCGUGCGGUACCCGGGUCGUCACGGGCAGCGAAGACGACACCGCUCGGCUGUGGCUCGCGUCGUCGGGCGAGUGCGCGCAGGUGGUACCUCACCCGGGCUGCGUGUGGUCCGUGGCGUACCUGCCGCCGCCGCCGGGAGGGGGAGGAGGAGGAGGAGGAGGAGGAAAGGGGGACGGCAAGGACGUCGGGGAUUUCGUGACGUGCUGCGCGGACGGCUCUGUUCGCGUGUGGACCGCGUCGCCCGAUCGAGUCGACGCGGCGGCGGCGAAGGCGCUCGAAGACUUCCUCGUCGCCCGGGCGGCGGAACGCGCCGCGCGCCAACUCGCGGACGCGCAGUCCAAGCUCAAGCUCGAGCCCCCGUCGGUGCUCGCGGCGCCGGGCGAUCGCGACGGCGCGACCAAGGUGAUCAAGGAGGAAGGCGGCUCGAUCGCGGCGUACUCGUGGAGCGCGGCGGGGUCGACGUGGGAGCGGCUCGGCGAGGUCACGGGCGUCGGCGACGGCGCCGGGAAAAAGACCUACGCCGGCCAGGAGUACGACUACGUCUUCGACGUGGACUUCAAGGACGGCGCGCCGCCUCUGAAGCUGCCGUUCAACGACGGCGAUAACCCCUACGCCGCCGCGGAGCAGUUCCUCGAGACGUCGGGGCUUCCGAUGGAGUACCGCGAGCAGGUUGUCAACUUUAUCGUCCAAAACGUGGGGUCGGCGAACGUCGCGCAGGGCGCCAACGUCGACCCGUUCACGGGCGCGGGGGCGUACGUGCCGGGGGGUGUCCCGACCGGCGGCGGCGCGUUCGGCGCCGGGGGCGGAGGGUACGGGGGGUCGCACGAUCCGUUCACGGGGGGCGGCGCCUACGUACCUUCCGCUCCGUCCGCCACAACCGCCGCCCCCGUGAACGGGUCGACGUUCAAGUACCUCCCGAUGCGAACGCCCGUCGCGUUCGAGACGGCCAAGUACGACGGGAUCCUCCGGAAGCUCUCCGAGUUUGGCGCGGAGGAGGGCGCCGCGGGUGACGUGGCGGCGGCGUGUAACGGCGGCGACCCGCCCGGCGCCUCGUCGAUUGCCGCGCUGGCCGCCUACCUGGAAUCGUGGCCUGUCGAUAAGUUGUUUCCGCUGCUCGACCUCUGCAGGAUGGCGGCGCUGCGCGGCGACGCCGCGGGGGUUUCCCGCGAGGUGGCGUCUGCGAUGGCGGCGGCGUGCGCGAGGUCGGUGGCGGAGGCGCCGAGGCUUCCGGCCAACUUGCUCACCGCGGGGAGGCUCUUCUGCAACGCGUUCAGGCACGAGGUUGCGCGAGACGCGUUCGUGCUGCGCGCGUCCGAGAUUCUGGAUGGAUUGGCCGCCGCCGCGUCGCCCGACGCCAAGACCCCCGCGAGGCUCGCGCUCGCCACCGCCGUCCUCAACGUCUCCACGCGCGUCCACGUCUCCGACGCCAGCCUCGCGGAGUGCGCCCCUCGGGCCGUCUCCGUGGGAGCCGAGCUGCUCCUGUCGUGCCCGGCGGAGGAGGACGACGCUCGAUUUCGGACGCUCGUGGCGCUCGCCCAGAUCGCCGCGGACGGCGGCGCGGAGUGCAAGUCUCUGGCGAAAGAUCUGGGCCUCGGGGACGUCGCGGAGGCGCUGCGGGUGUCGGGCGGGUCGGAGCGCGUCAGGGACGCGGCGGGCGACCUCAAGCUGGCGAUGUCGAGGUGA